AUGACCCUCCUUCUUGUCUUGGUACUCACGUUGGCGUUCACAGAGCCAAUCGCAACCAAAGGCAAUGACUUCUUCAAAUCCCAGCUCAGUGCCAUAAAAAACAUGCGCUUCCGUAUUUCCUACACGACUUCCACAAUGGAUACAGUUUCUGUAUCUGCAUGGGGUGGCGGCGGCGGCUCGAGGCGUACGAUUCCCUCCAACGCUGCCACCGGUCCAUUUGCUGGUCGCGAAUACGGUGGCGGGGAUCGCCAUACCAUAUAUGGUACCCGUGCAUACGGAAGUGGAUACCCAUACGGCGCGAACAAUACCAGAUCGAUCCGGGGCAGGCCCUUUCCGUAUGGAGUCUGGCCCAUCUCAUGGGGGCAAAACUAUCUCGGUGGUGACGAAUACUCUUUGAAUGCCAUAAUCAAUGGUACAACCUAUGAAUUGGACUUUCUUCGUCCUGGAGGUCCGAUGGGUGUGGUCAAACUCGCUCCAGACACCAGCCAUUGGAGCGGGGUGAGCUCGGAGGAGGUAUACGAGAUGAUUGGAGACAGAGAUUCCUUGGCAUUCAUGAUGGCAGAUCUCGUUGAUUGGUGUCAUGUUCAGCCUCAAACCCUUCGUCGCUUCGAUCCCUCCAACCCCUCUUCAAUCAGCCAACCGCGACCAGAAAACGUCAUUCAGUACUAUCGCGCAAGUUCGUUUGCAGUCACCUAUCCUGGCUAUAAAAAUACAUUUGCACUCGGCUCCAACAUUUCUACAUCUCAAACUUUUGCCGACUCUUCACCUCUCCCAUCGCGAAUCGCCAAUUCAGGUUUCUUGAGGUGUAUCAAUGAUACAAUUGGAAAUGCACUCCCAAUUGCAGACUCGCCCGGCUUGUGGAAAAGCUGGAUGGCUACAAUCCUUGGCAUUGCUGUGGGCAGCGGGGUUGGUUUUAGCUUUUUCUUCGGGUAUUGA